AUGGGUUCGUCUUCGUCAAAAAACACUGCAGACCCGCUGAAUUCAACCCUGCCAGAGCUAGAAUCAGAGCAAGCAUUUGCAAAGAACAAGAGACAGCUAGAACCAGAUGUGAUUGGAGCUAAACUAGCAGCCAAAGCGCAAGUCGUUGCUAUGUUUGGACAAGAUGCGAUCUACAAAGACCAGCAAGAAAAAGACCAACCUCCUGUUUAUCGCCACCAUCCUUCCCCUGUCAAAAUCACUCCAGCAAAACCUGAUGGGAAGUUCUACUUCGUCUCCGUCGGCUCUAGAAGGGUUCAACUGCCGAUGUACGGAAAAGACCUUGAAUUCUCCGAAAAGGUGUUCAAGAAAGAAAACGGAAUUGAAGACAACGAAGAGGAGGAGGACCAGAAAGAAGAAGAGCCAUUACCGAUUGAAGAAUCCAAAGCAACAAAAACAGAAGAAAUACAAACUCUUCAGAUUGAGAAAGAAAACUCUAAAGUCAGCUUCAACUUGGAAAAUGAAAUGAUCUCUCCCCGAGACCCAGAAGAAAUGGACUUUCCGAUUGUCCCGGAAAAUGAGCCGGAAAUGCCAGAAAUUUCGAAAGAAAACUCGAAAAUCUCGGAUUCGCUUGAAGAAUCUCAUCCUAUUCCCAUUCUUGUUGCUUGA